AUGGCGUCCAACCUUACACAGGAGCGCUACGAGCAGCUCAAGAAGGAGCGUACGUUCCACAAGUUCACGUACCGUGGGCUUGAGAUCGACCCUCUCCUGGCACUCUCGGAGGAUGAGUUCAAGACGUUGGUGCACGCUCGUGCCCGUCGCCACAUGAACCGCCAGGCGAAGUGCCGUGCACCUGUUUUGCUGAAGCGCCUGCGCGAGGCAAAGAAGAACGUGAAGGCAGGUGAGAAGCCGAAGGCAGUGAAGACGCACCUCCGUGAUGUUGUCAUCACACCCGAGAUGGUGGGGUCCAUUGUUGGUAUUUACAAUGGCCGUCAGUUCAACGCCGUGGAGAUCAAGGGUGAGAUGAUUGGCCACUACCUCGGGGAGUUUUCCAUGACGUACAAGCCCGUCAUGCACGGCCGUCCUGGUGUUGGUGCAACGCACUCCUCUCGCUUCAUUCCUCUGAAGUAG